AUGGCUCCAGUGAAUUCCAGGUCGUUGCAGCGACGCGACAAUCCAGCAAUCAGCAUUGCCAUCAUCAUAGGCGUGGUUUCUGUCAUCAUUAUCAUCGGCAUCGCCAUCUGGGGCUUUCUCUUGCCAGCAUUGUGCAAAAAGCCGCCAGUUCGGUACUCAGACGAGUAUUUGCUGAAUCUCCGCGACAGAAGAAACAGACCUCCCUCUCCACGCCCUACCCUCCUGCGCAAGAUCCUCAAGAAGCCAAAGAAGAGCGUCCCACGGUACAAUCCACGACUCGAGUCACCAUUUCCGUCCCGCCCUGUUCCUUUGAGCACUUUGCGCUACGAGCCAACGCCGCCUCCUUUCUCCCGGACAUAUCUUGUGAAUCAAUCUGUAAACCACAACGGUGGCUUAUUUGCUCCAGCCAGAGCCCAGCUACCUCCGCGCCGUGACAUUGAUAGCGGGUUUAGCGAGGUACUCUGGAAGAACGAAGAAGUCCCAAAUCAGAAGGCAGCAAGUGGACUCAAUGGCUUGCAUGAGUACAUCUUGCCUGUUCCGGAACCGCUUCCCCUCAAACCGCGGCCAGCUGGAAGACCACCACCGUUGACGAGACAAUUGCAGAAGUUUCCGAUCCCUACAGCAGGACUCAGUCGAAAAGGUGGGCUCAUACACCCUGGCAAACUCUUCCGGGAGCUCGAACAGCAUGACUCCAGCUCGGUAGCUGCGAAGGCGUCCAAUACCUCUGCUCCGAAUUCCGGAACCGCCGAACACUCUUUUUCCACAGAAUCGACUACCUGGGAAACAACGCAUGCCCACCCUUUCACUGAGGAUUUGCAGCUUAAUCAAGUACAUUCUGAAGGUUCAACAACUCUCAGCCGCAGAAGAGAACCCAUUUACGACCACAGUCACCCGUUGGCGGAAGGGCAAGAGUGUUUUGAUCCCUAUACAGGCAUCAAUGCGAGCAACCCACGCCAUCUUAGUCGAACUGGUAUGCUGACGAGACCUGAAACAUCGUUUGCAGAGAUACGGCAACGUUUUGAUCGCGAAGCCAGCAAGGAGAACUCUCAAGCACAGCUGCCCAAACGAGGCUGGACGCCUGCUUCCAAUCCUUUCACGACACCUGGUGGUUCGUCAACUGCUCAAACAUCCCCUGUGGCUUCGAGACACUCGCCUCCGACCCUUGCGUCUCAAUCCGAUGCUCUGAUGCAUGUGGGUGACAAAAAGACUUCAAAUCCGGGUCUCCGCAGUCGUAGACGAACUCCCAGCUCUGCAGCACUCCCAUCGCCAACCAAGCUCACGUCUUCCAAGAAACUUGAGCCUUCCAAGACAAUCAACCGGUUAAGUAGGAAGCUGUCUCCUGCAAAUGUGUUUGGCAAGCGUACGAACCCAACCCCUCCUCUGGAUGUGAUGUCUGCGACCAAGCCGCGAGACCCGACGCAGAGACAUUCCCUCUCUUCGCUAUCUACAGUGUUCAAGCCAAUGCUCGGCUGCGAUCGAAAUAGGCAAAGCCCCUAUGCAAGCAGUACCUACAGCCGUGAGACCAGAGGUAUGAGCUCUACCGGAAGUCCAGGUCUUGACGGAAUGUUCCCUGAUAACAACCAUCUGACAGUGCCCAACUACCGUACCGAUCUGUUGGUAGACACACAGAAGCAUGGGCGGACUGGGUCUAUGGAGGAUGUUAGAUCGAAGAUUGACGAGUGGGAUUUGCACACUGAAAACUUGUAUGACUCGUCGUUCUACUUGGCUCCGUCAAAACUCAAACGUACGAUCUCGGACUUUGGACCCCGACGAUCACCUGCAUUCGACUCUCGUCCUGCACUCAUGUCAAUUGAAGACGUCCAAGAGACUCGAGGUAGCACGUCGCCGGCCCUCAAACCGAAGAUCCGCAUUGAGGAAUGUGACGACGAGGUUUGGGACAAUGGUUUGACAUCGGCUCGCAAUUCCGCGCUUGCACCACCAGCAGGUCAAGGCCAAAGUACUCGGCAAGCCAGUUCUGGACAUGCACGCCAAGACUCGCAAUCGCAAUCGCCAAUGCCGGGAACAGCGCCAGGAGGCAGUGAAUGGAUCUAG